AUUCAUUCAUUCAUCCAUCCAACAACAGAACAACAAAUUUGUAAUCAUAUCAUAGAUUCAAAUUAAGCUGUUGUAGUAGGUGUUGUUGAAUUUGGGUAAGAUCAGAUCGAUCUAAUAUAAUUCUGAUCUAAGCUAAGCAAAGCAAGAUGGAGUUGAAGCAAAUCCAAAUUCCCCCAACAUCCACUUCCACUUCCAUUAGUUCUCCAGUUAAACAUAAGAAAUCCAUCACCAAUAUCGAUUAUUCUUUCUCUGAAAAUCCUGCACCUGCACCUUCCAACCUGCUUCUCUACCUUACUAACGCCGUCUUCUUUGCGGCCGUCUAUUUCCUGCUCGUUAGCUGGCGCGACAAGAUCCGUCACUCCAAGCCUCUCCAUGUUAUCUCAAGCUCUGAGAUGGCUGCCCUCCUCGCUUUUGCUGCUUCGUUUGUUUAUCUCUUGGGCUUCUUCGGCAUUGGCUCCAAUCCUCUACAAGAUCAGCAAGAAGAAGAAAAACAGAUUACUCUGAAGAAGAAAAAAGAAAAUGAUGAUGACCAUGUAGUCACACCUCCUCCUCCUCCUCCUGCUGCUAUCAAAUCUGAUCCAAUUAUAAUUUCUUCCGAUGAUGAGGAGAUAGUGAAAGGUGUUGCGGAAGGUCGGAUUCCAUCCUACUCCCUGGAGUCAAAGUUAGGGGAUUGCAAGAGGGCUGCAGCCAUCCGUCGCAAGGCCUUGGAGAGAAUAACCGGCAAAUCUUUAGACGGACUUCCCUUGGAGAGUUUUGACUAUGAAUCAAUUCUGGGUCAGUGUUGCGAGAUGCCAGUUGGGUACGUACAGAUUCCGGUAGGUAUUGCGGGGCCGCUCUUGCUUGACGGUGAGGAGUACUCUGUACCCAUGGCUACCACGGAAGGUUGCUUGGUGGCCAGCACAAACAGGGGUUGCAAAGCCAUCUAUGCCUCCGGAGGCGCAACCAGUGUGGUGUUAAGGGAUGGGAUGACUAGAGCUCCAGUGGUGAGAUUCUCCACCGCCAAAAGAGCCGCGCAGUUGAAGCUUUUCUUGGAGGACCCUUUAAGUUUCGACACCAUUGCUACCGCAUUCAAUAAAUCUAGUCGUUUUGCUCGCCUCCAAACCAUCAAAUGCGCUAUUGCCGGCAAGAAUCUGUACAUGAGAUUCACUUGCAGCACUGGCGAUGCCAUGGGGAUGAACAUGGUAUCCAAGGGCGUCCAGAACGUAUUGGACUUCCUCCAGACUGACUUCCCCGACAUGGAUAUCAUUGGCAUCUCUGGCAACUUCUGCUCCGACAAGAAACCUGCGGCUGUCAACUGGAUUGAAGGCCGGGGUAAGUCUGUGGUCUGCGAGGCCAUAAUAAAGGAAGAAGUAGUUAACAAAGUGCUAAAAACUGAUGUUGCCUCCUUAGUAGAGCUCAACAUGCUCAAGAAUCUCACUGGAUCUGCCAUGGCUGGAGCUCUUGGGGGAUUCAAUGCCCAUGCCGCCAACAUUGUGUCUGCCGUCUACAUCGCCACAGGACAAGACCCCGCACAAAACAUUGAAAGCUCUCACUGUAUAACCAUGAUGGAGGCGGUUAAUGAAGGGAAAGAUAUUCACAUCUCAGUUACCAUGCCGUCCAUUGAGGUAGGCACCGUGGGGGGUGGAACUCAGCUUGCUUCCCAGGCCGCAUGCUUGAAUCUACUAGGAGUGAAGGGUGCUAGCAACAAAGUGCCCGGAGCCAACUCCAGAAGGUUGGCCACCGUGGUUGCUGGAGCAGUAUUAGCUGGGGAGCUUUCUUUGAUGUCUGCAAUAGCUGCAGGGCAGCUUGUUAAGAGUCACAUGAAGUACAAUAGGUCUUCUAACAAACCUUAAUUACAAAACACUCAGGCAUAUAUGCACAGGAAUUGAAGCAACAUUAAUUAAUUAUCAAUGAUGUAUCCAAUUUUUUUUCUUCUUCUUUUAUAAUGAAUUCAAAUUCUUUGUAUUCGUAAUUAAUUUGUAAUUUUUACGUAUACCUGUUUCUAUGCAAUCAGUGAAAGUGAAUUCAUUAAUUAGAGUGAUGGA